CAUGGACCUGAACGCGAUUAGAAGCGGACUGGCGAGCAUUUUAAUCCCAUAUUAUAUCUUCAGUAUAUUUCUUUCAGUGUUAUUUUUUAUUGUCAAAAAGUUACCAUUCGUGUGUGAAAUUUUGUUCGAAGACUGUGAAUUGGAUCUUAAAGAAUGGGAAUACCUCACAUUUUUGGGUUGUGUCAUUGUGUUGAAGAACAGAAAACAAACAACGUUUGCAUCCUAUGUAUCAACAACGUGCAUGUUUGCCAAAGUACUGAAUGGAUUUUUGUUUUUUAAGCACAACUUUACCCUUGGUUUGGUAUACCCAUUGCUUUGUUUAUUGCAAUUCAUAUUUGUGCCGGAGCCAUGUUACGAAGGUCCAGAAUACAUCACAUAUUUCCGAGGACCGAACUUAGACGAGGAGUUGCAGCGAGACAAGCGAAUCCGAUGGUUCAUCACCUUCUAUGCAGCCUGGUCUCCACCGUGUGUGACCUUCGCAUCAGUGUUUUCAGAAAUAUCUGCAGGGUAUCACCGUGACAACCUAAAGUUUGGUAAAAUAGACGUCACAAAAUAUCCUGCAGUAGCUGAAAAGUAUAAUAUAAACUGCAGUUCUUGGUCCAAGCAGCUGCCCACAGUGAUAUUGUUUGAGGAUGGGAAGGAAAAAGUAAGACGCCCUGCAGUUACAAAGAGGACUACAUUAAAGUAUGCGUUUGUCAAGGAAAAUGUCAUUCGAGAUUUUGAAUUGAAUGAAGUUUAUAACCAGUGCAAGAAGAAUCCGCUGCCAGUGAGAAAGAAGGAGAAGAAAGAACAGUAAUGUCAGCCGUAGACUACACAGAAUUAAGAGAUUACAACUAAAUAUACUGACGUCCAAAAGAAACUUUACAAGGCUUGAAAUUGUAGUAUAGAAAACUAACAAAGAAUAUGCACUUCAUGAUACAACUGGUUCUUUUUGAUUAGCAACAAUAUUUAUUAAAUUAUUCAAAUUUUAUGAAUGUAACGUUUCUUUUCGACGUCAGUAUGCAUGCAGCAUAGUCAAAACCAUCAAAUUCAUACUUUUACAUAAUUGUUUUUUUUUACCCAUGAUACGAGUUUGAAAGUAUUUACCUAUCUUUUUAUUUGUAUUUUAUCUCAUGCCAGUCUACAUUUUAUUGCUAAUUGUCAUGGCUCCAGGUUGUUUGCAUAAAAAAAUGUUACAUUACUCAUAGAUUAUCAUUAUGCACUUACUAUGUAACACCUUUUUGGUAAAUAGUGAACUCCGGGCCCCCAGCCUUGACAAUAUUGUAUCACAUUACUGGGGGAAAAAACUAUUUAAAAAACUAUAUAAUAAACAGACACACCACUACCACCCACCCACCCCCCCCAAAAAAUGCACACAUACAUAAUGACUGCAUAUGAGAACAUGAUCAUUGUACCAUUAUCCACAUUAUUUGUCUUAGUCUAGUCAUCAAAGACGUUUUUGCUAAUGGCCCGAUUGUUUUGAAGCCAACCAUUAUAUGGCAGUUGCAAAAUCUUGUAAAUCCUGGAUAUUAAAUGCAGGGGUGGGGGGAACAUAGCACAGUGGUAAAGCGCUCCCCUAAUCCAUGGUUGGUCUAGGAUUGAUUCCCAUCUGUGGACCCACUGGGCUAUUUCUCAUUCCAGCCAGUGAUUCACGACUAAUGCCAUAGUAUGUGCU